AUGGGUGUUAAGAGUUUUGUUGAGGGUGGUAUCACGUCCAUUGUUGCUGGGUGUAGCACUCAUCCGCUUGAUUUGAUCAAAGUUGGAUGCAGCUUUAGGGCAAUCUCCUCCAGUGGAUGCUUCUUCCUCACUUGGCAUUGCAGCUCGUGGUUCCAGAGCCGGACCCAUAUCGGUUGGUGUGCAGAUUCUUCACUCCGAGGUGUUUCUGCUCUGUUUUCCGGCGUCUCCGCCACCAUGCUCUGCCAAACACUCUAUUCCACCACUCGUGUGGGUCUUUACAUGUGCUCAAGCAAAAGAGACCGGCCCAGAUAA